GAAGAUGAAGGGACCGAGGAUUACAGAAGAGGAGGGUACCAUGCGGUGCGAAUUGGUGACACUUUUAGAAAUGGUUGCUAUGUGGUUCAAAGCAAGCUUGGUUGGGGUCACUUCUCCACCGUUUGGCUCGCUUGGGAUACUCUAAGAUCGCUAAAGUUAUGAAGAGUCCAAGAUUUGCACCACAGUUUGAGCUUCAAAUGCCCUUCAUUUGCCAAUCAGAGAUAAUUUUCUCUGUUUUCAGAUACUUUUUUUUUUGUCAGAGCAUUGUUAUAAUGAUUCUUGUCGAUGUGCUUUUAUGUUUUUAUUCGAUAGAUUGUCUUUUCUUUUUUGUUGAAGACGAUCAACCAUUGCCAUUCUUUUUUUUCUUUUUUUUUUUAUGGUUCAACUCUUUAACCACACAGGAAUUUAUUGUUUGUAGCGUUAUGUAGCUUUGAAGAUUCAGAAGAGCGCUCAGCACUACACCGAGGCAGCAAUGGAUGAGAUAAAGAUCCUCAAACAGAUAGCUGAGGGAGAUCGAGAUGAUAAAAAGUGUGUCGUGAAGCUCUUGGAUCAUUUUAAGCAUUCAGGGCCUAAUGGGCAACAUAUGUGUAUGGUUUUUGAGUAUUUAGGGGAUAAUCUUUUGACCCUUAUUCAGUAUAGUGAUUACCGAGGAGUUCCUCUUCACAUGGUUAAAGAGAUUUGUCGACAUAUCUUAGUUGGUCUCGAUUAUUUGCACAGUGAACUUUCAAUCAUUCAUACUGAUUUGAAGCCGGAGAAUGUGUUGCUAUUGUCAAUGAUUGACCCAUCAAGAGAUCCUACCAAAUCUGGUGCUUCUCUUAUCCUUCCAACUGGAAAGAAUAAGGUUGUCUCGGAGACUGUUGUCUCAAAAGAAAUUAAGAGUUCGAAUGGAGAUUUGACCAGAAAUCAGAAAAAGAAGAUUCGGAAGAAGGCUAAGAAGGCAGCUCAGGGUUGUGUAGGAAAGGAAGUGUUUGAGGAGAAUGAGAGAGAUUCAAAUAUUAAUGAUAUGGAAGACACUAAUGCUAAUGCUAAACCAAAUGAAAAUUUGGGUGAAGAACGGGCUCAUCGUUCUCUGGUUAAAGAUGAGACAAAGAGUGAUGGAAUUAACAAUGGUAACCAAGGGAAGGAGCGGCGCAGAAGGGGGAGUCGUGCAACAAGAAAAAAACUGUUAGCAGAAGUUGAUCUUAAGUGCAAAUUGGUUGAUUUUGGCAAUGCUUGUUGGACGUAUAAAAAAUUUACAAAUGAUAUUCAAACCAGGCAGUAUAGAUGUCCCGAGGUUAUCCUUGGAUCCAAAUACUCAACAUCAGCAGACUUAUGGUCUUUUGCAUGUAUCUGUUUUGAGCUCGCUACUGGUGAUGUUCUUUUUGAUCCUCAUAGUGGUGAAAACUAUGAUCGAGAUGAGGAUCACUUGGCAUUGAUGAUGGAGCUUCUUGGAAUAAUGCCACGCAAGAUUGCAUUAGGUGGGCAUUAUUCCCGAGACUUUUUCAACAGAUAUGGAGAUUUGAGGCAUAUCCGCAGGUUACGUUUUUGGCCUCUCGAUAAGGUGCUUAUGGAGAAGUAUAAUUUCAGCGAGCAAGAUGCUAAAGACAUGGCGGACUUCCUCAUUCCAAUACUUGAUUUUACCCCUGAAAAGAGACCCACAGCAGCUCAAUGCCUGAACCAUCCGUGGAUCAGUUCUGGCCCUCAGCAGCUACAACUUUCCACAACUGCUCCCAAACAGUACGGAGAUGAUGGUACAUCUAAAAGGGAAAGGAAAGAGAAGGAUGACAGGGAGGCCAUGGAAGCUGGAGUAGGGAAUAUAGAAAUUGAUGGAGGAUCUUCUAAGCCAUUGAAAGAAACACUUCCAAAGUUGAACUAACACUUUCCCCGAACAGUUUUAAUCGGAUGGUAAAUUCUUUCUUCCUCGUAUUGCAUUGCCAAAAGGCUACAUGUAUUGUUCAUGGGCAAUUCUCUGCAAGUACUACAGUUUUUCUUCGGUUCUGUCAACAUCCAUACUAUACCAUUCAAAGCGAUAGGGCUUUUCAGGUGUCAGCACCAGUUUUGAAAGAGCCAUUUAGAGAAUGUGUUCAAAUUUCAGGGUUACAUCUUGCUAGCAAAGACUCUCAAUGGUGGAUGGAUCCCCCCCUCCCCUACAUACUCAGUUUCCAUUGUGUCUAAUGUAUUCAUGCAUCAAACAUCUAUAUCAAUCUCUGUUUUGAAAAUGAUUUGUGUAAAAAACACUGGAAAUGUUGCAGUUCUGAUAUUUCCUAAAAUCCAAAAUGGAAUGCUAUUGCAAUUUGGGUUUCA